AUGUAUGCUACCGGCAUUUCACGAUCUCCAGAGAAGUUGAUGAGCAAGCUUGGUCUUGACUCUCAAUCGCACUUUAUCCUUUUCGUCUCACCCGUCAAGCCAAGCGACGUUGAAAAAAUCUCGAACAGAACAAAGAACGAAGAAAUGCAAAGAUAUCACCUCUGGGUAUUUGACUCUCCGCCUUUGGUCCUUCCUAGACUUGAGGAACACCUAUUAGACAGCCGUGGCUGCGUUGAUAUGGGACACACGAGGUGUUUCUCGAGGGGCGUCAAGGCUAUUAAGUUCCUUUCCCAGAAAUGA